CCAGGACCGAUGAAGCCGUUAAAAUUAAAUUUCAAGUAACCCUGUAAAAAGCUUAACAUGUUUUCCCGGGCCGCGAAAUCAGUUGUGAAAACACUAGGGCAGCGAAAAUGUCAUGGCGGAGAUGAUCAGUUAAAGGCAACGGUAAUUAACACAGUUGGAGAAGUUGGUCAUACAUUGUCAAAUUUCCUGAAGUCAUGCACGAAGCUCGAUCACCUGGCGGUUCAAAAUGGCGGGAAAUUUCCGCGUCCCUCAUUGGUCGAAAAUAAACUACCAGCCCAAGAGGCAGAUCUAACCAGGACGCACUCCGAAGGCCACUGCAUUCAAGAUGGCGGACAAAAACAGGGAAAUCUCUUAUCGCACUUUUCCGAGGAAGGGUUAAACACGGAACGAUGGGCAGAAAAGAAACUAGGACAAGAACAUGGAGUCAUGAAUCAGGGAGCCAUGCAAAGCCCCGUCGUUCGGGAUAACUCGAUCCUCGAAUUGUCCGAUAUCGAAGCGGGAACAUCGACGAGCGUCUUGAAAAAUUCACCAGCUCUUCAGGGCCCAGGAAUCGUAAAACAGAAAGCAGCGAACACGAACGGCUUUUCUGAACAGUUGCAGUUGAAGAUUCCGGAAGCAAGAAGGAAUAUGAUACAAAAUUCGCCCUUGACCAAAGUGGUUUUUAGAAGAUGCACUUACAAAUUGGAAGAGCAGAUCAGAGAUUUAUUAUUCCUGGGUCAAAUGAGACAUGGAACGUGCGGACCUACCCUGAUAAGGUCGAAGAUAGGCACAUUGAAUCUGAGAAAUUUCAGUACCGAAGCGAAAUCGAGGGGUUCGAGUGAACUGACAAAAUUGCUGAAGUUGCCCCAAAGAGGGUACGCGUCUCAAAAUAAUGACUGUAAGAGUCCACCGCCCAAGUUUGCACCUUCGAAGUGCCCACGUUCGAAGUCGUCGUGUUCCGAGCCAAAAGAUGAACCUUGUGGACAAGCGAAGCCACCAUGUCCACCUCCAAGGCCACCAUGUCCACCUCCAAAGCCACCUUGUCCGCCGCCGCCAUCUUGUCCGCCACCUUGUCCACCGCCGAAACCACCUUGUCCACCACCGCCGUCAUGUUGUCCACCACCGAAACCACCCUGUCCACCACCUUGUCCACCACCGAAGCCAUCUUGUCCCCCGCCUUGUCCUCCACCUUGCCCUCCACCAAAACCGCCAUCCCGAAAACAAUCUUGCUACAAGCCAAAUUCCUGCCGCCCCGCGAAACAGUGUCCCCCACCUAAACCAACACCUUGCGAAUCGCCUAAACCUUGUCCAGAACCUCCAAAACCUACAUGUUGCCCACCACCUCCACCUCCUCCCGUGCAGAACGUCGUGAAGAUUUGUUUCCAGAAGUGCCCUCCACCACCAAAACUGCCAAAGUUGCCGAAAUGCCCACCUCCACCUUGUUGCCCACCCCCACCGCCUUGUCCUCCUUGUCCCCCACCCUGUCCUCCACCCUCGCCACCUCCUUGUUGUCCACCUCCGCCUCCACCAUGCCCACCCCCACCGCCUCCACCCUGUCCACCACCGAAACCACCUUGUCCACCGCCAAAACCAGCGUGUCCACCUCCACCCUGUCCACCUCCACCAUGUCCACCACCAAAACCGGCGUGUCCACCCCCACCAUGUCCACCACCAAAACCGGCGUGUCCACCCCCACCAUGUCCACCACCUAAACCACCUUGUCCACCGCCAAAACCGGCGUGCCCACCUCCACCCUGUCCACCCCCACCAUGUCCACCACCGAAACCGACUUGUCCACCUCCGUGUCCACCUCCACCUUGUCCACCUCCCCCAUCAAAAUGUUCUUCCCGACCAGCCUCUCAAUCCUGCACCCCCAAAAGACCUCGACACCCUGUCCCCAAAAAAUCGUCAUCGUGUUGCAAGAAGGUGUCCUUCUUCGGGUUCUUCAAGCGCCGGAAAAUGUCCACUUACCACCGACCGACCAAAACGCAGACGCGGAAUUUUCACGCAUCCCUCGCCCUGGCAGCGUCCUUGAAGUCGGGAUCCGAUAACUGCAAGCCAGUGGAGGAAAUUUGCUCCAGUAGAGGGCAGAAGUGCAGCCCCGCCGAGAAUUGUCCUCCACGGAAGAAAGCGUGUGGGGAGUGUGACCCACCCAGAGAAAAGUGCCCAAACAGGAGCAAGGACACCGAAGAGAGGAGGGUGGAAGCCAGGACGAAGAGGGCCAAGAUGUGCCACACGAAAUGUCUUCCUGUGGGCAAGUGCGUUCAACCAAAAGCACAAAAACCACCUCCCAAGAUGGAGUACGGGCCCAUCAUCUGCGAACCACCCAAAUUCGCCCAACCCCCGCCCUGUCCACCUGUCCAGAAGCCCGUGAUUAGAGAUGUCGAUAACGUCAUCGAUCCUGGCCUUUGUCCUCCACCAGAACCUCUGCCCAAACCUCCUUGCGAGCCCCUUGUUCUGUGUCCUUGUCCUCCACCUCCCAAAGUACCCGCUGGGUCCUGUCCCUGUGUGGACAUCCCGAAGGAGCAGGACGAGAUCCCGGGGAAGACGUGUCCUCCGAAACAACCCCAUCCUUGUCCUGCGGAGAGGGUCAUGUAUUGUCCACCAGACCCCAGCAAAUUCUGCAAGAACAAGAAGGACGACAAAAAGAGCAGGACCAAGUAG